GGCAGCCGCUCACUCUCCUCCUCUCUGGACAUAGGUGAGGCCAGAGGCCGUUAGGACUUCCCACUCCGCAUGAAUGCCGCCAGUCCGGGACCAGGACCUCACUGCUUCUGCCGCCUCAGACCGCGGAACUAAGCGACCCUUCUUGCCGCGACUUCCUUCCCGGGCCCCCUCGAAUCUCACCGCUGUCUGAGUUGACCCCGUGGACUCCUGCCUGGCUUUCCCACCGCGAACAUCAAUAUGUGUCAUGUCAUUGUCACCUGCCGCUCGAUGCUCUGGACCCUCCUGAGUAUCGUAGUGGCCUUUGCCGAACUCGUCGCCUUCAUAAGCGCAGACUGGCUGAUCGGAAAAGCCAAGACCCGCGGCGCUGAGCCGGCAGACACCGACUCGGAGCCCUACUACCUGGGCAUCCUUUGCAUCCGCACGCCCGGCAUGCAGCAAACCCCUAGGGACACACUGUGUGGGACCUACGCCAAGAGCUUCGGGGAGAUCGCCAGCGGCUUCUGGCAGGCCACUGCUAUUUUCCUGGCGGUGGGGAUCUUCAUUCUCUGCGUGGUGGCCUUGGUGUCCAUCUUCACCAUGUGUGUGCAGAGUAUCAUGAGGAAAAGUAUUUUCAACGUCUGCGGGCUCCUGCAGGGGAUCGCAGGUCUGUUCCUUAUCCUUGGCCUGAUACUCUACCCUGCAGGCUGGGGCUGCCAGAAAGCCAUAGACUGUGGACGGCAUGCAUCUCCCUACAAACCUGGAGACUGCUCCCUGGGCUGGGCCUUUUAUACGGCCACUGGGGGCACGGUCCUCACAUUCAUCUGCGCUGUCUUCUCCGCGCAAGCAGAGAUUGCAACCUCCAGUGACAAAGUCCAGGAAGAAAUCGAAGAGGGGAAGAACCUGAUCUGCCUCCUUUAGUUGGGAAGACAUGAGUGCCACUGUUACCUUCCUUUAUGACUCGUGACACAGUCUUCGUCAUUUGAAUCAAGUGAGGAACCAGUCUUGACCUACCAGAGCCACAUUCCACAGCCCCAGGCCUUCGUGGGACCAGGGACGGGCAUCACCUACCAAGCCGAGUUCUCAGGCAUGCAGGCUGCAGGGCAAAUAACGAGACCAGACAAGGACAUGGUUUAGCUCCUGACUGGGGACAGACUGUCUGCCCGGGGCUCAAUGAAGGAUAGAAAUCUGACUCAGCUAGGUAGGCAGCAAUCUCUGGCAGCAGAGGAGAGGCCAGCCAGCCUCAGGAUGGCUUGAGACAGGUGUCUGGCCCACAUCUCAGAAUGAGGGCAGGAGGUGGUAUCUUGGUUGGCUUUCUUCCAAGUUGUUUCAAUUGGAGACUGAGAAGACGAUUACAGACUUACUGAUGACAGGUUGUAUGCUGAAGGUCACAGCAAGAUGCCAGGUUUUGCUUAGGAGACCAAAGGGCUCAACAGGGACAGUGCAGAAUCCCGCUGCAGACUACUCUAGUUUCAAGUUCCAGGGCAAGAGGCAUCCAUGGAACUGUCCUCAGGAUGUGAGUUAAGACAGACAGCCCCAGCAGUCAGAUGCUCCCUGCCCCCAGCCUAGUGCCUAAACUAGCCCUGUCUCCUUAGAAUUAGUUUUCUCCUGGGGUUGGGGUUGUGCUUGGCUGCCCAGGAAAACCUCAGUGUUUCCUCCUUCCAAGGUAGCAGCCUCCAGACCAGCUGGGGCUCAUGCAGAUGUUCAGAGGGAGGGGCUGCCAGAACCUGCCUUUGCAGGGUGAGCUUUCUGACUGGUGACCUGUGCUGUGUGGUCAGCUGGCUUCCGGUCCCUUCCGGUCCCAUUGGUGCUCCUUGCAGAGAAAGCAGGAGCAAGCCGUGGUAGCUUGUAUAGCUUCUGGUGUUGAGCCUGAGAACAGACUGGGUGACACUGAGAACUCACAUCAAAACUCACAUCCACAGGGAGACAAAGAACACAAAUGUAAUGCAAAAGUGAGGGUUGGGCCAAGCUCACCACACCUGCCUAAGCAUGCUUACAAAACCCACUAAAUACCACUACUAGAAAGGACUCAGGGCUUUUAAUCCAGUUUCCAUGGAUUACCCUUAUAACCAAAGCAGCCAGAAAUACCAGAGUCUGGUAAUGUCUAAGCCGGGCAGAUAAAAACCACCCUCUGCAGCAGCCUAAGUGGAGUGGGCCCUUGGGUUUUAGAGGUAUGUUCCACUAAGGGCUUUGUCUUAAAUAUUUAAGCACCUUCUACUGGCAAGUGCUUGCUAAGUACACCCGUGUACACAGUCCUGAUUCAGAUUCUACAGCCUUGCCCCAGUGAGUCACUUAGAGCUGUGUCAGUUUAGAACUAAGCCUUGCUUCAGAACAACUGCCUUAUAUAGAGAUGGGCUAGGCCCACGGGUUUCAUUAUAGUUUAUUUGCCCUUUGGCCUAUACCAGAAACCAUCUUAUCUCUCAUGAAGAGAGAGGUUAGGGAAGAGGGUAUUGAAUCAGAUCUUCAGAACCAGUGGUUCAACAUCAGCAAGGUAGAGAUGCUAUGGCUUCUUUAGAAUUAGAAGCAGGAGGCCUCUAGGAAGAUUCAGGAAGCAGGAACAGAUCACCAAGCGCGUGGAAAAGACAUGUCAUUCACUGUGUAUUCACAAAGUUCUAACUGUGCCCUCCUGCCCGCACAGUGACUCUUUCCAACCUGGGCAGUACUUGGCUUGAAGCACAGUUUAGUUCAAGGAAAAUGGAGGAUCUUGUCGAACAAAACCAGAUUAAUUAGUCCCAAGCCAGGGACCCUGCAUGAAAGCCCAUGGCCUGUUCUUUUGGUAAGGUGGCAGGGGACUGUGUCAACCUGGUAACAGUCACAAAGGAAAAUCUGCCGGAUGAAGUUACUUAUCAGUGUUUUUCAUUAAUUUACACACUAGAGAAGACCCCACCCCAAAGGAGGGCACAGAUUAAAUGCCAUGCUAUUGACAACCACCUAGAUGCUGACCAGAUGGAGCAGAGAGAUGGGGACACCCAGCAUUUGAGACCUUCAAACCAAGAUACAGACAUUUGCAGGGAACGAAAGGCUCAUCUCCAACCAUGCUAGUGUAGAAUGAAACUUUCCUUUGGCUCUUUAAAAACCACUUGUGGGCCUAUACCCAUUUUUCUAGUAAUAGGACCAUUCCUACUACAGGAAAGGUCUUACUUUGCCUGUGUUUGUGCUUGGCCUCUUGAUGGACACUAAAGUAGAGACACGUGGAAUCUGAGUUCUUUAAACCUGUGUGGUAAUCCAAUGGCAUGACAUAACUGUGGAAGGGUUUUUACAUAGCUCUGAACAUCUGUGAUGUAAUGAAUGGUUUUUGUUAAACAUGCAUUCUGUAAAGUGCCAUAGUCUUUUUAUGUGUAGCAUAUUUAAAUAUAUAUAUAUCACAUAUACACAAGUUUGUCUGAAAGAUGUGCAAUAACAAAGAUGUAUGUAUGUUUUGUUUGGGGAAACUGGACAUGCUUCAAAACAGGGAUGUUUCUGUUUUGCAGAGGAAAGUUAGACAUAAUUGCCUUCAUGGCUAGUCAUUAAUCCCUAACAAUUUCAAUGCUACACAAACCUUAUGUGAAGAAAAGACUGGUAUGAAGUCAUGUUUUCCUGGGUCUAAAUGCAGAAAAUGAUCACUGUAUUAUGGGAGACUCAAUCCAGCAAGCCAGGCCCAGUAAGUGCUAGUCUUUCAUGUAAAAUGUGAAGCUGCCAUGUUGUCUUUUCUGUUAGCUUGAUAACUAGUAGCUGGUAUAGGCUAAAGAUCUAUUCUUCACGAGCUUUUGUUAAUGCUAGGCCAUUAUAUUUAAGGGCUAGAGUCACACCUUCUCAGCCAUAAGAGUCUGGCUUAGGACAGACCGUUCUGUGCAAUAAUAACAUGUGGCUGCUGGAAAUCCCGGGCCUACAUUUGCGUUUAUGGGAGCAGAGACUCCCAUGGCCACAAGAAUACAAAGGAUGAAUGGGACUUCUGAAACUGUGGAGAAACUCCUUCUGAGGCCAAGGCAGUCCUUGGGUGCUGUGAAGAAACUCAGCAUCACUUGAUGUUCAGUAGCCACUUGAGCCAAAUAUAAAGUUGUUACAGCUCAUGGACUCAAUUGGAGCCUUCCUAUGUGUGGUUGUCCUGUUAAAUUGUAAACUAAUACAUUAUCUGUCUAGCAUUGAUUAGGAUUCUGUAUAUAGGAUUUUCAGUGUACUCCCUUACCCACUUCAGAUCGGAAUUAAAUCAGAUUUUGCAAACUCA